AGAAAAGCAGUAUUUGAGCACGUGUAAGUUUGCCCUUUAGAUCUCUGAGAUGUUCAGUUUGAAAACGUGUAGCGGGUUUGUUUCAAAAUUUGUUAAACUUGCCCCCUCCCGACAUAUUUUCCUGUCCUGUCGGAAGCAACUUGAUGACGAAUGGAGAUCGACGAACACCACCAAUCAAACUGAAGACGAGAAUACAUCAAUGGGUGUCAGUGUUGAGAAAACUAUUAAUUCGGUGACCCUAUUGGGUAGGGUUGGCUCAAAUCCCGUGAAACGUGGCUCUCCAGAGCAUCCAGUAGUUACAUUUUCAUUGGCGACAAACUCAAAUUAUAGCUAUGCUAAUGGAGAUAUCACCCAAAAAACAGAGUGGCACAGAAUCUGUGUGUUUAAACCCUAUCUAAGGGAGUCUACUUUGAAAUACACAAACAAAGGACAAAGAGUGCUUAUCCAAGGAAGAAUCAUCUAUGGAGAAGUGAGAGAGCCUGAAGGCCAAUUAAGGCACACAUCUUCAAUUGUUGCAGAUGAUGUAAUCUUUUUUAAAAGUGGUUAAAAAUGAAAACAUGUACAAAGAAAAGUGCUGAAAAAAUACAGAAAUGUUAAUUAAUAA